UGACCGGGCCGAAUUUAAGGGGCCAUUUGCCUCGUUCUGCCCGAUUGAUUCGCCAAUUCCGCUUCUGCUCUUCUUCUUCGUCGUGCGAAUCUUCAGAAGCCCUAAUUCCUCCCACCGGUUGCGUCCGAGCGCGAUCGAUUCGGCCGAUUCGUACCUCCGAUCCCUUCCUCCGCCGCCGGAAUCCCCGAUCGCCGCCGCAGAUGGAAGGCCCGAUCCCGGACAUCAAGAAGUGGGUCGUCCUCUACCCGGCGUACAUCAACUCGAAGAAGACGAUCGCCGAGGGCCGGCGGAUUCGCGUGGAGAAAGCGUGCGAGAAUCCCACCUGCGUCGAGAUCGGGGACUGCUGCGGCUACCUCAAGCUCCGUUUCGCCGUCGAGAUCGAUAAGGUGUAUCCGCGGGAUUUCAUGCAGAGAGGGAGAGUGAGGGUUUUGCUCAAGGCGGAGGAUGGGACUCUGUGCAAUCCGGCCAUAUCUUCCAGAAAAGAGCUCAUGCUUCGUGUUGCAGAGUUGGUUCCGAGGCAUCGACGGACCAAGAAGCAAGAGCCCGUGUCCACCGCGAGUACUGGAGCUUCGAAAUCCGGCAAGGGCGGGAGAAAGAAGAGAUAGUCGAACGUAGUUGCAAAUGCAUGCGUCAUCGCAGUUAUAGUUCAAACGUUAGUGAAAUUGGCGGAGGCUUCUUAUUCUUCAAUUCAAACAUCGGCGUGCUCUCCUUGGUCCGUGAAGAUUUUGAUAGAUUGUGCUUGUGUCUGAGAUUAAUGCAUAUGGAGGAAAUAUGUGGACCCGUUUCAUUCAUUAUAUUCCCAACAUAAUUUCUCUUGCGAAUGAACAUAAAGAAGUCUCUUCGUUCCA